GCGGCGUGCUCAUUUCCGAUCGAGCGAUCGCCAAGCAAACAACUUAACUCUUUGAAUUACAUAUAUAUACUUAGCUUUUUCUUUUACCCCUUGUAACCGAGCGUAGCACGCUGUUGCAUCGACCGAGGAAACGUCAAGUUCGUUUUCAAACGUAAACAAAGCAGAAAACAAGCGCCUUUUUGGUUGUUCGAAGCGUGUGCGCGCACACAACAGUGUAAUCACGGCCACGGCUCAGAGUAACGAGGCACCAAAGACGGAGCGUCGUCGAAGUCGGCCAGCUGUUGCUAGAUUCAAGGCCUCAACGUGCCGCCGGUGACCAACAAGCAAAAACGAUCCAUUAUUCAUUGUGCUUAUAACGCUUGUCCAACGGCUGCCAGACGUGAAAAUGGCUUUCAUGAUGCCAGUGGUAAAGAACGAGUGGGACAUCUACAAAACCAACCGUAGUAGACGCUCCUCCGAGUGCUCCAAUCCUCAGGCUUGUCGCAGCAGGAAGAGAAAUGUGAUUUUGACGACAGAGUUUAUUGUAAAACGUCUCGGAGUGCUCGAAAUCGGAGGGCCCGUCGUUGUCGACGUCCCCAGGCUCGGAUUUUCUGACCUCGCCGGCGCAUCGCUCGGUGCCGGUGAGCACGCGCCACUUCUCGCGCACGUCCUCGCGAGCAUCCCAGAGCUCCCUGCAAUCGCCCAGCAAAAGCACCGGCUCGUCGCCGCCAAAAACCGGCAGCUCGUCGAGCCUAAACAAAUUUCACAACCGUCUGGUGGACAAGCUGAAGCGCUCGCUGCGACGAGCCGAGGACAGCGCUUGCGACGACCAGCGCAACCUGUCGUGAAACAGUCAGGGGGUUUUGGGCCGACCGCCCCCCUACGGCUCGAAACCGUGCAGCGAGGUAAGGCGCACCUCGGCGCCGCAGCCGACCACUACUUCGCUGGUUGCGGCUGCUGGCGCCAACAACCAGCAGCACGCCAGCAGCAGCAACAGCAGCAGCACAAGCAACAACAGCCGAGCAACUUUCUCGUCGUCGGACGAUGACGUUGCUCGUGACUCGUCCGCCUCCUGAUAUUACGGCUGCUGCUAUCAAUGGCCCAUUCGGAGGCGCCGCUACUCGCUACUCUCAGUCUCCACCAGCAGCAUCCUCUUUGCGGAUCCAUAGAAAGGUAACACUCAAUCACAAAACAAAAUGAUGCUUCCUUCUACAAUUCUACUACUCUGAUGGACAAUUCUACCAAGCAAGCAAGCAAAGAAGAUUGACGAGGAGAAUCUUGAUGAUCUGCCCCAAUGAUAAUGAAAACCACCACCAAUUCGCGAUCGCGACUCGCGCGCGCGCGGACAACUCAGGCCGGGGCCCUUCGGCAUCAUGCAUACAAACACCACAUACACACACACACACACACACACACACGUACACGCACGCCCACUCACACUCACACACGCUCUGUCGCGUAAACACACACGACCUGCCUCGUCAGCAGCGGCCAAUUCAGCAAUCGGCAAGCAACUCUAGUGACACACUUUUAAUAGCGUUCAAUGUUAUAUCAGAUAAUUCUACACACUCUGGAAACAAGAGAAUACCCUUAUGUAUAAACAACUUACGAGUAGUCGUCAUAUACUUAAACGAAUAGUUAUCAUUGCUGAGCGUACUUAUUUGUCCGAUAAGAUACUUAGGAAACCAUCCAACAAACACGAAUGUGAUGCCGUUUUGUAUCUGAGGUCGCUGCUGACGAGCAUGUUUGGUCUUUGAUACGACGAGGAAAAGAUGAAAAACGAAAAUGCAAAAAAAAAAAACAUAAAAACAUCUUCGAUUGUUUCGAAACCUAUACCAACAAUGCUGAUUGUAUGGCAUUUGUAAAAUACCAAGUUGUCGUUUGAACAACAAAAUUGGCAAACAUUGAAGCAUCGGGCAGACCAAUGUCGAUGAAUUUGAAAAAAAAAGCAACGUUGGUUGUAGCGUUUCGAAGCGAUCGGAAAUGAAGCUACAAAUCGUUAUUAGUUUAGGGAGGAUUUGAUUUCUCACAGUUCAGCACGGAUGUCGCUUGCCUACUAUCUUUUUCUUCUAAUUUUGAAAGAACGUUCCGAGUCGACCGCUUUUCUCCUCUUUUUUUUUUCGAAAUUGUUCGUUCUUUAUUAGCUGUUAAGAUCGCGCGAGCGCUGUUACAGAUAAAGAAAAAUAAGAAAAAGAAAAAGGACGCGAGUGUGGAAACAAUAUUAAUUUCGAAGGAUUAAAAAAGUCAAGUUUCGAAAAUUAGAAGUUGCGCGAUCUUUAUCCAACGAAAGCCUAUCAUAAUAAAUAAAAAACGGUAAUACACGUACGCGGAUGAAUCUUUGAUCGUACUUAGGACAUGUAUAUAUCGCGCAGUCGUUUUCCGGACACUAAAAUGCGCGAGGGAACUUGCCUCUUUUUUCGAAAGAUUAAAACAAACAACACAGAUCAAUCAUGACGUUACGCAUGAUGCACGUGGACCUAUACAUACAUGUAAAAGAGCGACGAUUUAAAACGCCACGCCACGCGUUCCUGGUAAAACCGUGAUCGUUUUGGCAAGAGAGGCGGCAGCUUCCCGAGCGCAAAGUAAUGCGUAGCAGAAUGCAAAAAUGGGGAUAUAUACCGACGGCACAAUCGCCAUAAUACCGAUAAAGUCACUCUCUCGAUCGCACCACUGUCGAUUUUCCGUUUACCUUUUUCGUAUCUGCACGAGCUAGAAAUGUUUCGACGAUGGGCGAUGAUGAUCUUCUGUUGCAUCAAGCAUUGACAUACGCGCAGAGUAGUUGAGCUUGCGAUAAUCUAUCGAUCGUCUCAGUAAAUGACCGGCUAAAUCUUGAAGUGGAAUUGCACACGGAGAAUCGAUUUGAUUCUCUCGUCAAUGGCUGAUGCAUCAAUUGAUAAAUGCGCAACGAAUAUAUGUGUUAGAUGCGCGAAAACUGUUCGAUCUCGUUCGUUCUGAUGCUCCGAAUUCGUCCAUCCUGCUUUCGCUUCGAAGCACGAGGUCGUUUUCCAAAUAAUAUAAUAUAUUUAUAUUAUCGUUCCGAGAUCGUCCGGUACUUAUAUAUCUUCUCGUAUGCGCUCAAAAACGAACAAGCCCCAUGGUUAAACAAGCUCAGGGUCUGUUUGCAUUUGUUCCGCUUUGACGUUCCGCUUUGGCAAGCUUCAAGGUCAAUUUCUCAGCAAAAAUAUGAUGAAUACCGAUGUCGAGGAGAAGGGAAAGCCUCGAUCUUUGCCUAUUGAGUAGUAAGUUGCAAAGUCCGUUGCUCUUGCGUGUUUCUUGCGACAGCUUAAAAACGCUUCUUCAGCCACGUGCGUUCGCCAACUUUCGGAAUGCUUAUCGCGUAUUCUGCUCCGAACUUUGCGAACGCAGCGAGAUGACGGGGUGUUUGGUACUUUCGCGGCAAAUGUAGCGAUUUCGACGAGGCUCUUGCGAUUCUAUCAAUCGAUCGGUAACGAUCGAGCUUUAACAUCUCCUUGACUUUUAAUACUUUGAUCAAAGAAUAACUUAGUUUAUUUCUGAAAAAUUUGAAUUUGUUUUUGAAAAAUGAUGAUUAAAAUUUUCUUGAUUAAUCAAGGCGAACCUUAUCGAUCUCGACGUAUAUUCUGGCCAUGAUGUUUCAGCAAGUCUUUUGUCUCGGCAUUGUUCUUGUUGUUGGCAAAAAGGCCGAAGAAAAUAAGAUCGUCGGCUAAUGGGCGUCGAGUUCGACGGUUCGCCGAAUGUAACUUAACUGUGCAAUCUUUUAAACUUUUUUUCCAGCUCGCUCAAUUCGCAAGCACACUGAUUGCGAAGCGACCUUGAACGUCAAAUCUAUUUUUUUGUUUUUUUACAGAGGAAAAUCGACGUGCGAAUGUAUAUGAUAAGCUCUUUGCGACUCACCGCCUGCGUCCUCGCUGGCUUCCGAAUUCACUUUGUUUUGUCGGUAAAAAAUUAUUCAUAAACGUACAAACAAUGAUGCAAAAUAUACAUGUCAAAAACAAAAAUGAAAAGAAAAAAAAACUAAAAAACAGGAAAAAAAAUGGAUAUAUAAUGACAAAAAAAAUGAUUAAAUGAAUAAUUAAGUCCUCGCGAUUCUUGAGCGCAACGUAUAAAACGAUAUACAUUUAUGUAUGUAUACCGCGUGUAUAACUCUGUGAUACCGUACGUUAUAAGAUAGAUUUAUUUUGCAACGUUUGAAUACGGAAUGAUUAAAAAAAUGAUGAAUAAUGUGAACAAGUGAGAUAUAGAUAUAUGCGCGCUAAGCCGAGAAUCAUCGUCGUUGUGGUUUCCGUGAAAAGCUCCCUUUCCGAGUCGAAAAAUAAAUAAAUAAAAAACUUGGACCAAAUUACCAACUGGCUAUCUUGAAAUCCACACGUAAGAGCUUUGCAAACCUGACGACAUUGUUCUCGAUUAUUGGAAAUGUGAUAGUAACGCUUAAUCUAAUAAAGAAUCUUUAAUGCUACGAUUUGAUGCUCCAAAUUGAACGGGAAAAAAUUUAAGGUAUUCGAAACAAGCAAGUAGAAACGAUUGGUUUUCCUAAUUUUUGGACAUUUUUCGAAGUUUCACCUUAUAGAGGGUAGCGACGCAUUGAAUAUACUUAUCAAAGUAAAACACGGUGAUAUAUAACGCUUGUAAUACUCUCAUUCGGAAUUGGAUUAUUAAUGAUUAUUUAAAAAAAAAGUCCUAUACCUAUGUAGAAGAAGAAAAAGAAAACUGACAUAGAAAGAUUCCUCUGAACGUGCGUCUUUCAAGCUUCUAUAGCUUAAGCGAUUUAGAGUAAACUUCUAGUUCGUGUAUCAUUAUAAGCGGAGAGAGAUUGAGAGAUCAAAUUUUAAUAAUUAUUGGCAAGUUAUAAUCCAAGUUGUUCGAGCGAAUACUAUAUAGAAAGAGUAAUGUAUUAUACAAUGAAAAAAACAUUUAGCGCCCUUUGAAGAGCGCGUUGGCUUUAUUACGUAAUAAGACUGCUUUAAAACGAAGAAGAUUGAGAUGAGUAUGUGUAUCAUUAUCGGCGAUGAAAUGAUAUAGAUAUAUACGUAUAAGCUGUAUCUAUGAUAUAUACGGUUGGUGCUCGGGCGAGGUAUUGCGGGUUCAAGUUAGAGGGGUUGACGAUUUUAACGCUGGAGAAAGCAGUGAGUUUGAGUUCCUUCAACAGUUCUCCGGUCAACUGCCCGAAGUUAGAUUUUCCUUUUUGGUCAUUUGCUUAAAUACAUGUUUUUCUUCUAUAACGAUGAAAAGACUCGACCUACCUGUGUACGGCAGAUUAAAUGUGUUCAAACGUUUUUUAAAAGCUUUUAUUAACCUAGUUGGGAACCGCUCGAAUUUCUCCUGUGGGAAAUCAUUUCAACUCCGUAUAAUCUCGUCGUACAAUUUGUACUGAUUAGACAGCCGCUUUACCUAGCGAUUAAGGCGGUUUCGGCUGACAGAUACUGUAAGAAAGAGAGUGAGAGAGAGAGAGAGAGAGAGAGAGAGAGAGAGAGAGAGAGAAAGCAGAGAUAUACUAUUUAUUUAUUGCAAAUAAAAAAGAGAGAACGAGAGCGAGAAAAAGAAAGAAAGUAAACGACGAUCGUAGAUUGCGCAAUAAGAGAAAUUACAGCUGCAGAAGCUUCCUCUAUUGUCACUGUAAAUGAGAAGAAAAAAAGAAAACAAUUGGCCUCCAGUGAGUUUCCAUUGUUUCACCGCGCUAUGUCGGGCCUUGCAAUCGGUUCUAUACAGCAGCGAUAAAACUAACUCACUGUACGCGUAAGUAAACCACGCAAGUGCGAAUGAAACGAAGACUUCCUUUCAGAAAUAAAAUUACGGAAAAACUGUCAAUUUCUCCCUCUUCCAUUCCGCAAUCUACGAUCGCACGAUUGCGUUCCUUAAUUUAUUAAUAAAUAACAAAUAAUGCGAGUUGAUUAUAUAUCUUUUAUAUGGCCAUCGAUACUAUUCUUAUGAUUAGCGACUCAAAACACCAUCAUUACACUUAUCAUUUGAUAUCAUUUUCCGGACUUUUCGAUUGUUGAUUUUUACAAGAGCAUGGAUGAAGAGAAGCACGCAGCUACGAUACGAAAAAAUCAAUGGGCACAUUAGAAAAGAAUCUAAAACAAGGCAUCCAUUGGUCACUUAACAUCGAAUAAUAAUAAUGAUAAUAAUGAUAAAUUUUGCGCUUAUGCACCUACAAAACAAGAAAAAAAACUGCCAAUGUGACUGAAUCCAUUCUGGACGGAUAUAUUACUUUUAAACCGCACUAUCUUUUCGAGCCUAACAUCCCAUCCGAGAACAAUUAAAGCCGGUUUCUCUUCAUUCAUGGUGUUUGAAUAUCACUGCCAAAAAGUUCUGAAGGACCUUAGUAUACGUGUGCUCCGUUACAGAGGCGUCAUUUUUGUACGAUAGCUACUCAUUUAUUUAGUUAUUAACUUCGUUUCUUCUUUUUUUUUUUUUUUCAAUCAGUUUAGUUAGGUGAGUUGUAAUGUACGUCGCGUCGCUCGUUCACGCUCGCAACAUUUUCUUUCUUCGUUAAAAUAUUUUUUAUUCAAGUCGCAGUGUGUAAUCUCAAUUAAUACGAUCGAUUUAUAUUGUCCGAAUCGGUUGUUUUGCAGGUAUACGUACAUAUAUAUUUUUUCUCUGCGACGUAGAAACUUGGUGACGAGGUCUUUGCCGAGAAGCUUAGUUGUUUCUUGAAGGCAAGCAGAUUGUGCUACUAUUUAGAUUGUGCAAAUUGUCUUGCGUGCACACGCGAACUCUUGCUUCUUUCCGGAUGCGCAUUGACGACUGUCGCAAUUUUCGUCUUUGCGUAACCGGUAAUUUUUUAUUCGUUGUUUUUUUUUUCGUCGGGUCGAAAACGAGACGAGCGACGCGAGCCGAGCACAUUCCAUGUAUUAAGUGUAGGAUACGUAUUGAGUAAAUUGUUAGCGUUUGAUAUAUCACAUAAGCACGAAAAAAAUAUUACACCCGAGGUUAUAAGAUCGAUUGAAUGAAAAGAUUUACAACAACAAAAUGAACAAAAAAUAAUAAUAAAAGUUGACCGAACGAGAUAUCAGGACAAGAGACGAAGAUAUAUCUGGCGGGAAACCCAGCGAUGUUCUCUCUUCAACAACGGUUCGAGAUUGUGAUAUAUAUGUAUCGCAAUUUUUGUGUCACGUUCAAUAAAUGAGUUUCGAUCUUUACGUAA